AUGGAGAACUCACCUCUCGAGCGCCUUCCGCAGGAGAUCCGCGACGAAAUCUGGGAAUACGCCCUGACCCAACCCAAGCCAAUCAUCAUCACCGCAAACACCAGCACCAAGGCUCUCAAAAAAGACUGGAGAUCCCACGCGCCAAAACCAGUCUCGCUCCUCCACACCUGCAAGAAAAUUAACAACGAAACGCGCCUCCUCUUCUACCGCCUCAACGUCUUCACCAUCCAGCUCGACGGCACUCAUUCCAUGAAUUCCUCCGACCGCAUCAACGAAGCAAACAUCACGCAACUCUUCUUCGAUGCCAUCGGUCCAGAGAAGACGGCAGCCAUCGGUGGGUUCGGCGUUUUGGUCAAGCACUUCCACCCCAUCGGCGCACCUAGACGACGCGACACGGAGAUUUACGAACACGUCUCAGGCAUCGUUUUCCCUCUGCGCCGUCUCGUGCGCCGUCUCGGACCCAACUGCGUGGUCAUGUGUCACUUUCGAUGGGUUGCGUACGCUGGCGGAGGAUCUAGAGGAUUUGAGGAGAGUGGUGCGGAUUGGUAUGUGAAUCUGAGGGAUUUGAACCAGACGUUUGAUUUCCCGGUCGAGUUUGGUCCGUAUUGGGAGAAGUUCCUUCAGGCAUUGAAGGUUGGGCUGGUGCAUGAAGAGAUGCGGGAGGUGACGGAUAUGUCAUCGCUCGCCCUGCUCUGGCCUUUCGUUAUCGACUUUAUGGACUUUGGACCGCCGAGACAUAUCGCUUUGCUCGACAUACUGAAGCUUGAAAAUGCCACGACGAAUAAUUCGAUGGUUUGA